UGGGAAGUCCAUGUCUAGCUGCAGCGUGGCCUUAUCUGAGGAGGAAUGGUGCACCAUCAUGUCAACCUCGGGAAAGGCAUCAAUUUGUGUCUUCUAUGUAUGGAAAAUGUAUCUCUGCACCCGAAAUAUUGGCUAUAUCUGGAAAUCAAACUGGUUAUCCUGGUGAUGUCGUCUUUAUCUCGUGUACUACGUUCGGGAGACCACAACCUGUUGUCAGCUUCGAACCUGCUUUACAGCAAUUCUUUGGAGAAUCUCCUCCUGAUAGCCCUAUAACUAUCAAUCAGCUAAUCACAUUGUCAAACGGAACAGAUAUUACAUUUACCUGCAUCGCUGAAAAUAUUGCUGGCAGAGUCACUUCAACAGUGCAAGUUACAGCACUUGAGCCUGUGGUCACUGGUGAAGUUGUUGUUCCCAGUCUGCAGUUGUUCCAAAGCUACGACAUUCCUUGCCCUAUAGAAGGUGCUGUACGCCUCCUGUGGUGGCGAAUAACUAGUCGUGGCUCAGCGACACCAUUUGAAUCACCUUCGCCAUUCCUCCGCUUCGACCCCUUCACCGUUGAAGACAUGGGUUACUACUACUGUGAGGGAUAUGGUGGUGGAACUUACCGUGAUGUAUCGGAGGCUACUACUCCUGUCCUUCUGGAUGUUGAGGGGGUUACAAGAGUUGCCUUUUCAGUUGCAUUUGAAGGUGAAUUUGUUGAUUAUGGCAUUCCUGAAGUAUUUUCUGAGUUAGCACCUAUGUUCAGACAACCAAUAAAUAAUGCUUUCAUUAAUGACGACGGCACAAGUCGACUAUCCAUCUCAUUGCUCGACAAUGUAGGAAGCUUUGAGUUCCCUACUAUCGUGAAUACUCGUAACGGCAGCACGAUCGUUGACUACAUCAUCAACGUCGAUAGUAGCGUGUUUAAUGGAAGUGUGAUUGAAAUCGUGAAUGACACCACAUUUUUCCUGGAGUCUAACCUGGCCACGGGGUUUGGUCCUGAAAGAAGUUUUUUCUCUAAUCAGAUCGUACCGGGAAGCGUUGUUGUGGGUAGUGCAUCAUCCUGUACGGCAUCUGUUGUCACGGGUGCGUUCGGAACCCUAACCUUCCCUACUACACCACUGGACCAGACAGCUGAUAGCCAAGAACGAUGUAAUGAAUACACUAAUAAUACCCCCGUUCCAAGAGCUAGACGAACGUGUCGUGGGGAUUUCUUGUCACCAGCUCUCUGGGACGAUCCUGUGCUUCUCGAUUGCUUUGUGGGGACAGAUACGAAUGAAGUUCUCAACAACAUUGCCAGGGCUGUUGUGACGCCAGACAAUGUAACAGAGUAUUCUUACGAUGUUGCUGAAGCUACUUCUAAUGGUGGUGAUAUUAAUGCCGAAGGUAUAAGAGCCAUUUCUAUUGCUCUGCAGAAAAUUGUUGACGUCAUGGAUCCAUCCACGGAGGUCACCAACAAUACUCUCCAGAUCGUAGACAACGUCCUCGGUGCUCCCGAUACAGAAUUUGUAGAUGCCGUGGAUGUCGAAGCUCCGACAAGGAUUCUUGAUUUCUUGGAACAACAGAUCACUUUAUUCCAGACCCAAGGUGAUGGUAACAACCUCACUAUCGUCGGAAGUAGUAUAGCUGUGGUAGCUCUACAACUUCCAGAGGCCAGUCUACUGCAAGGUUUAGGAUUCGCUACCUUGGUAUCUCCGGAUGACGAACAGAAGAGUAAUCUUCUCAAUCAGUUGAAUGAAAAUGACACAAUGGUGUACUUCAACCUUGAUGAUAUUCCUAAAGCAACCGUCGAUGCAGCAAUUUUUCUGCCACCGGAUAUUCUAGGCCUGUUGCCCCCAUAUUUACUAGAAAAUGGAAUUGUUCCGGUGACGUUCUUCAUAUUUCAGACCAGUAAGUUGUUCAUUAGUCCAGACCAACCUUACGAUCUCGGUGGUGGUCGUCGAUUAGCAGUCGGUACCAGGAUUAUAUCAGCGACCGUAGAGGGUGCUGUCAUUGAAGGUUUGCCACGAGGAGGUGAAAUUGAGACAACCUUUCUUGAGCUGAAUGUGACUAGAGAAAAUGAGAUGAUAGAUAAUAGGACGUGUGUAUUCUGGGACAAAAUUGACCAAGUUGGGAGAUGGUCAUCUGAAGGAUGUCGACGAGAAGACAACCCAGAGGAUAAUAGAAUAAGAUGUCUUUGUGAUCACCUUACAAGCUUUGCUGUUCUACUGUAUGAUUAUGAUACUGAUAUAUACUGACCCUUUAUUCAAAAGCUGAUUUAUUAAUACUUAAUAACACUUUUCAAUAUCAUUAACAGAAAAUUGCGAUCAAAGCAACCUCAACGGAUCCUAAUUAACCUCUGCGUUGCCCUCCUCGGACUUUAUCUCGUUUUCAUCAUCGGUAUCGACCGUCGUUAUCCAACCGGGGGCUGCGUCGUUGUCGGAUUCCUCAUUCAUUUCUUUCUGCUAUCGUCAGUGUCGUGGAUGUUGGUGGAAGCUAUUAAUAUGUACCUUCUUUUCGUCAAGGUCUUAAACGCUUCUGUGUCUCGAUUUAUGCUCAAGGCAUCUCUUUGUUCUUAUGGUUUACCUCUUCUCGUCUGCAUUGUAACAGUGGCAGUUGAUAGUUCUUUAUACCUUGGAGAUGGAACAUAUUGCUUCGUCAAACCAGGUCCAGCUUUAUAUUACGGUGUCUUACUCCUCGUAGCUCUCUUACUCGCUACUAACUUCAUCAUAUUUGGUCUCGUCAUGCAACGUUUGUCAUGUCGCAAGUCCGUUGCUGCCCACAAGACCAAUCAAGCCAGUCGCGGUGAGACGUGGAAACGAGUCCAGAACGCUGUCGCCAUCUCUGUUCUCCUCGGGUUAACGUGGUUGUUUGGUUUCCUCGCCAUCGGUGGUGCUCGACUCAUCUUUAAUAUUCUUUUCCUGGUCUUCAAUUCCCUCCAAGGGUUCUUUGUGUUCCUCAUGUUCUGUGUCCGACAAAAGGAAGUACGUGAGCAAUGGGUUCGAUGGCUGCAUUGUCAGUUCGGUGAUGUUAAGCCUGGUCAACGUCGCAGUGAUGAUUUCGUUCAGGCUAAGUACAAAAAGACAGAAUCACAAGAGGGUCGGACGUCCUUGGCAACAUCAAAUAGCCAAGGUAUUCAACUAUCCAGCGGGGGUACACUAAGUACCAAUGCCUCCAGCAUCACCACAUAAUAAUUUCCAUGAUUUUAAGAAGCCUGCCAGGAUUCUUUUUUACUAAAGUAGACAAUGUCCUUGCAUAUUAUGUAUUGGCAUUUAAAACUAUUUUAAUUAUUGAUUAUAGAGUACAGAUAUAAUUGUAUGAAAUAAAGUACGAUUGGUUUCGUUUGGUGAUAAAUAGCCUCUAUUAACAUCGUUUCUGACUUUCUGUGCCAUGAUUCGCCGUUAAUGUUUCGCGCCAUUUUACCCCCAAAACGCUCAAAAUAUUAAUGUAACGCUGUGCAAAUUUAAUACUUUUUGAGGGAAGUCUCGCAUAACCUUUGAAACUAAAUUUGCGACACUGAGGCGCUACGUGACUUUUCAACAGACAAUGUCGUGCAUAUUUCCACAUUUUUAUAGCCAAAAUAAUUGCAGCUUUAGUUUCUGUUUAAUUUAUCUUCAAUAUUUAAUAUGAUAUCAUUAAAAUCGUUUGUGUUAUUUUGAAUAUGUAUUGUUUCUUCGAUUGUAUUUUGUUUACUUUGUUGAAAUAAAUCUAACUCAUAAAAUGUGGCUUGUGAACAAAUCCGUCACUGGGAGAUAAAAAUCAUAAAAUGGUGAUUAUUUUUCACUCUAGUUGUUUGGCUUAAUAUUGAACAAGGAUUAACUUGGCUUUUGCAAAACCCCGGUGCAAAACGUACUGAUAAAGUUACAAAGAUGCCCUCUGCAAACAAAUCGAAUUAAACUAAUUUCUAUUGUGCAAAUAAUAUUUUUCAUUAAUAAUUUUACACAGUUCAUAUUAAAUCAAUAAAUUAUCAUUUUGGUCCCUUUUGGUGGGGUUUUUAUACUGCUUGUGGUCUAAGGAACGUGCGUGCAAAAUUUCGGCGCUGUCGCGCGGGCAAUGCUUUAGGUCAGAAAGGACAUGAUGUCCUCUAAACUAGCACAGCCCUAUAUCUUGCCACACUUCAAGCUCACAUGGAUAAGCAUUAACCGUAAUAGAGAAAUAAUUAGAGACAAUCAUUUGUUAUGGAUUCCAUUCUAUGUCUUACAACUACUGAAUUUAUCAUUAUUAUCUUUUUCAUGAUUAUCUUAGCUUAGACUCAGCGAUUUUUAUAUUAGAAGAGUAACGAGAUGUAUGGUUUAAACAUUUUGUUUUCAGCAAACAUUUUACUGAUAAUUGUUAAUUGUCUGAUAAUAACAAUUUUUGCAAAAUCUGAUAGCAGACAAACCAUACUCAUGAUGAAAAGACUGUAUUUCGACUGUAUUGUAUAUUGUUAGUAUCACUAUUGUAUGUUUCGCAUCAUUUGCAAUGUAUGUUGAUGUAUCUGUCGUUGAUAUGUGUAGAAUAAUUAUGGCAAAAUAAUUUUUCGAUGUUAUUUUCUCCUUCGCAUAAUGACUUCGAUAAACUGACUUAAUAGAAAAAUUGGAAAUUUCAAUUACUUCCAGUGUGAAUGAUUUAUAUCACAAUUAAUACAUAACCUCAAUGUGGCGAAGUGAUUUCAAACUGCAUACUAAUAAAACACAGAAAGGUUUUAUUUAAACUAAUUUAGCAGGGCCCUGGAAACGAUUUGUUGAAGAGGGUUGUUUUUUGUCCUGCCUGCAUAGCAGAGCGAGACUAUAGACGCCGCGGCGGCGUCGUCAACAUCAAAUCUUAACAGAAGGUUAAAACUUUAAAAUGUCAUCAUUAUAAAACUUGGACAUAAGGGUUAUCAAGUAUUACUGAAUACCCUGCCUGAGUUUCAGAUCACAUGACCAAGGUUAAAGGUCAUCUAGGGUCAAUGAACUUUGGCCAUGAUGGGGGUAUUUGUUGAUUUCCAUCAUAACUUAACAUAACAUAACAUAACAUAACAUCGAUCUGGUUCAUGAAACUUAAACAUUAGAGUAAUCAAGUAUCAUUAAACAUCAUGCUUGAGAUUCAGGUCACAUGACCAAGGUCAAAGGUCAUUAAGGGUCAAUGAGCGUAGUAUUUUAUUAUCAUAUGAAUUGUGGGGGGGUUGUAAAUAACUAUUCAAUAGUUGUUUUUCAAAGUCAGCACUGCUGCUAUACAGUGCGUCCCAGAAAAAAACGAAACCGAGAUUAAACGACGAUUUAUCAUAACUUAAUCACAAAUACAAUAGCUAAAAUUUAAUGACCUACCAAUGUAAAGCUUAGAAUCACAUCUUUCAUCUGAUAUUACUUACAUUAUUCCUCAUUCACGCAUGAGUGAGCAAAAACAAUUUGAAGAAAGGAUACCAAAAACUCAUUUGGCGGGGGGUAUCUGAAUUUCAAAAAGAAAAUCACAUGCCUAAAAAGUUCAAUAUCUGCUCUUUUAUUUGAUACCUUAAUCACAAAAAAAUGGUCAAGAAGUAAAAAAGUUAUCUUCUCUCGAAACAAUGCUUGUAUUUCCAUAAUUUUAUUAAAUAAACGUGUUUUCACCGGUUUCCCACAAAAGCUAUCGCAUGGUUAACAAAAGACUUAAUGCAUGGCUGAUCGUCAACAAAACGGAGUGUCGAGUGAGUUUGAACGCUAGCCUGUAAAACCUCUUCAUUUUAUAAAAUUCAAACCAGAACUUUGUUAUCUCUUGACCAUCUUCUGUAAUUGAGGUAUCAAAUUAAAGAGCAGAUAUUGAACUUUUUAAAAAUGUGGUUUUCUUUUUAAAACCCAGAUACAGCCCGCCAAAUGACUUUUUGGUAUCCCCUCUUCAAAUUGUUUUUGCUCACUCAUCCUUAAUGAGAAAUAAUCUCAGUAAUUUCAGAUAAAUGAGGAGAUUCUAAGCUUUACAAUGGUAUGUCAUUUGUCUAUUGUAUUUGUGAUUAAGUUAUGAUAAAUCAUCGAUAAAUCUCGGAUUCGUUAGUUUGUGGGACGCACUGUAUAGUGAAUGGCGUAAUGAAGGCGAGACUGCCAGAGGCGUUCUUCUUGUAUAGUGUUCAUAAUGUAUGUAAAAAACGUUAAAAUUAUACUCUACAUUAUGAUACAUUUUAGUUUUGUCCUAUAGAAAUAUAUUAGUGCUUUGUAUAUAGAGGCUGAAGUUUUUUGUUGUUGUUGAAAGUUUUAUAAUUAUCAUAAUAUUUUUCUUUGAGUAGAGUUAAACCCAAAUAUAGUAUAGACCCAUAUGAAAUCAUCGAAAGUCUAACUUCAAUUACUUAAAAGUACAACUUAUCAGCUUUUUAAUGGUUCAUUUAUUAAGCCAAAUUAUCACACGUUUAUAAGACUGCCUCACUGAACACAAUUUUUCUAAAAUAUGAAAAUGUGCAAUUUAAUAUAAACAUGUUAAACAAUAAGGAUCAUUAAUGAGAGAAACAAGACCAUUGAAAUAUCAGUUUUCCUUCCCUUUUCAUGAUUAUUUUUUUAAGAACAUCCUGCUUUCAAAUAUUGAUCUAAUUUCAGUUUAAACACGAAAAAUGUCUAGAAGCAAGUGUGUUUUGCAGCAUUCUGAGUCGAUGAAAAGAAGAUCUACUUAAAAUGAAAUAAACAUUCCAAUUCUCUAUGUAGUUUGAAUAUGAAGAUUUAAGUAAUCAAUUUACUGUUCAUAUAGUUCGGAUGUAAUAUACUUGCUUAUCGACGAUUAACCAUAUACACGAAAGGGAUAUAUAAUCAAGGAUUGCCAUUAAAUCCUAUCUGUUUUUUUUAAUGACGGCCCGGCCAUGUCCGAUAACCAGCCCCUUGGCGGAAAGCAUCGGGUGCGCCGUUGAUUUAUCAAAUAUAUCAAUGUUUUGUGGAUCUUUUUUUGGGGUGGGGGUAGUUAGAACACCAUUAUUGCAAGUAAUGAGUUUCGAUAUAUUGACGUGUUUAUCAUAUUUGAAUUUAUUAUGAUAUACCAUACUCAAGACUGAUUUGUUCAUUAUGGGCAUGGAGGUGAAUACAAUUUGCGGGACAAUUUGUCUACAUUAAAUUUAGCGACAAAAUCUUACAUCGAAAA